ACUUUGCAGUCUUCGGAGUUGAACAAAAGCAUUUUCGAAGCCUCUGAUGCGCUUAGUUCUAUCCCCGGGACUCGAGCUAGUGAGAACAAGUUGAGGGGAACGGUGAAGAAGUUCGUCAACAAAUGUUGCAAGCUUGUGGGCCUGCUUGGGUGCGCUACCUCCACCGAGGUUGCUUUUGCUCCUGCAGCACCAAUGCGUAACCUUGCUUCAUCGAGCCAUGCCGCCUCGUCUAGGGUGGUUCAAGGGGACGAAGACAAGGACGACGACGAAGAAGGUGAAGAUGAAGAAGAGGGCGAGGAGGGAGCAGGAGAAGAACAUGGGGAAGAAGAGGAAGAGGAUGAUGAGGAGGAAGAGGACGAUGAGGAGGAGGAGUACGAUGAUGACGACGGACCUCCAGCAACUCAAAUGAUGGUAAGGCAGGAGAAUCGUCUCCUUGUCCUUAUUCGCGACCAUGAAGUCGGCGAUGUAGUUCCUCGCAUAUUAUGGGUGCUCUGGGUAGACUGCCAAGAGGCCCUCAUGCAUAAAGUACGGGUCCACGUCUGAGAUAAAAGAUAUUUGCUUGCGCCUGAUGAUGUAGUUCAUGUACAGGGCAUAA